GAUGACAUUGAUAUAUAUAACUCUAUGCUUCAUUAUUUUAGUUUGGACCACCAUUGCCUUUUGUUUGGUUGAAGGUUAUGGAUCUAGUAGAAAUGCAGAUCUCGUUCUUGAGACUAUUCACGGAGAUAUUUAUGAUUGUGUGGAUGUUUAUAAACAACCAACUCUUUUGCAUCCAAUGCCGCACAAAGAAAGAAUCAAGAUGACAAUUGCUAAGGAGCUAGAAAAACAAAGGUUAAUCAAAGGCGAGCGAUUGCAAAAAGCUAAAAAUAUUUAUUUUAAGGCAGAAGAGUUUUGGUUGAAUAAAAAAGGUUGUCCGAUUGGAACGGUUCCUAUUCGACGAUUGACAGAAGAACAACUCCAAAAUGCCAAAGAUGCCACCUUAAGUAUAUCCCUUGCUGAAGACAUCAUCGAUUUUGCAGGAAUUAGUAUGAAUGCAUCUCCAGAAAUAAAAAGUUUUACAAGUGCCACAGCCACUAUUACUUUGUAUAAUUUUUAUGUAAAUGGAGCUGGCCAAUAUAGUUCCGCAGCAAUAUUUCAUCAAAGUGCAGAUAAUGCCCCAAAUUUCGAGCAAAUACAAGCCGGAUGGAUUGUACAUCCACAACUAUACGGUGAUAGCCGGACUCGGCUAUACUCUCAUUGGACAACGGAUGGCGGCCAAAAAACAGGAUGUUACAAUAAUAUUUGUCCAGGAUUUGUUCAACUUGACACUGAUGUACCCAUAGAUUAUGCAUUCCCAAAAAUCUCUCGGCCAAUGUAUGAUGACUAUGAAUUGGAAAUUCAGAUAUACAAGGACGAAGACUAUUAUCUUUUGUUUCAGGGUUUGUUUAGCAUUGGUUUUUGGCCGGAGACCCUUUUCAAUGAAUUAAGAAAUGGAUCGCAGGUAGUGCGAUAUGGAGGACAGGCGUUUACACCAGCGGGUCAACAAUUUAGUCCCCCCAUGGGAAAUGGUAAUUUUGAGGAUGGCAAUCCACACACCACUUGUCAUAUGCGUCAAGUCAUGUAUGGAGUGGGCAAUGAUCAAGAUGUUCAACCCGAUGAAUCGUUGGUUCAAACGCAUCAAUCUAGAUGUUACCAUGAAGGAAGUCAACAUAAUGCUCAUGAUGAUUACUGGGAUUAUAAUUUUGUAUUUGGGGGUGCUGGUUUUUGCUAAGAUGCAUCAACGGUUUGUAUUGUAUUGAUAUAUAAAACUAAGAAGCUAAUUAUAUUAGUUCUUGCAAUUGCAGUUGCAAUUUAUUUUGGGUGAUUCAGUUCUUGAUGUGCCUGUUAGUGGAAACAUAUUUAUUUCAAUUCAAGCUCUUCACUUAAUAAUUAGCUAACAAGUAAUGUGAUUUUUGCAUCCUAAAUAAGAGAAUUUUUUCAGUUUGAGCUUAGGAAUAGAGAAAACACUUUCUCUUGUAAUAAUGGUAAAAUUUCAAGAAAUACGGAAACAAAGAUUUUUUUGUUCCUUCAUUGCCCAUUCACCAGGUAAUUGUUCCUCAACUUCUCGGAGCCACUUAAAAUCUUACACCUUCACUGGACUUUCAGUGUGUUAUGUCUUGUAUGGCCUGCUGGAUUAAUCUUUCUGUUGCUGUCUUCUGACGAACAAGGGAAGUGUGACGAGACUCCAAAUCAAAUCCAAUGCUGAGAGAAAGAACAGCGUGGUGACUUCUACCCUUGCUCGAACAAUGGUUACAUCAGAGAAUUUGAGUAUGUCGAUGAUCAUAGUUACGGGAAGAUUGUUGUCGAACUGAAUGGAAGGCUAAACAAGUGUGGUGUCAUUAGUCCUCGCUUCAAUGUUGGAGUCAAGGAGAUUGAAAGAUGGAC